UCCCACACUAGCAUGGAUUAAAAGCUAAGAAGGCUGAGAAGUCACAGCUCAAAUGUCCUCCCCGGUACUUCCCAUUUUCUAUUACAAGUUUCUUGUCCCAGCAGUCUGUCCCUCUUUUUAAUGUUUUUUUCAAUUUUUAUUUUUCAAAUCUGCUCUCGCUCUCAUGCAUCUGAGGUUUGGGGAGGGUCCCAGUCCCAGGUUGGGAGAGCAACGAGUGAUGGGAAGUUCAAUAAGUGGAGAGCUGGAUAUGUGAGGGUAUUUUUAAACAGGGACUUAAUCUUGAAGGGAGCUAUUUUUUGUUGUUUUAUUUAUUUGAAAUAUUUAUUCGUCACAGUAACUGUAAACAAGAUGGACUUUGGAUGGUAUGAUAUAUUGACGUGGAUUUUAUGUAGAGAACUACCCCAGUGAUGGCUCGGUACUUCGUGGACAUCCGUCUGGACUUCAGCACAACAGGGUGCUAAGGGGAGAGUCUCCCAAUCACCCACGGUCACGUUUCCAAGGCACGUUCACCAUCUCCCGGAGAGGACAUCACAGAAGUAGUACGAGGGAAUGGCAAGUCACAGAGACUCUUGCUUCCUCCACAAGCUGUCCUACCACCCUCGAUGGCCGCAUGGCUUAUUUAAACUGAGAAGGAAAAGACACAUGUGGACAAACAGUGACCUAGCUCAUGGUUUCCUUGUUUCCUCAUCUGCUUCAUUAUCAUUUUUUAAGCCACAGUUGCCAUUUUCCCCUAUACAGCAUUUUAAGAGCAGCUGGGCAAACUGGCUUUUCAUGUGCUUACUCUUAAUGUCAUCCCUACCUUGUCAAGCCUGGGCAACCACUUUCAAAGUGGCCCUGGUUGGACCUUGGACUUGUGACUCCUUUUACUCCAAAGCCCUGGCGGAUACUGCGGCCCGCCUCGCCACUGCACGCAUUAACAAGGACCCCCACCUUAACAAAGGCUACUGGUAUGACUACACGCUGAUCAACGAGGACUGCAAGUCAUCUCGUGCCAUCGCUCGCUUUGCAGAGCUGGAAGGAUACGGCUCUGCGUUCUUGGGCCCAGCUAACCCAGGGUACUGCUCUUCAGCUGCUUUGUAUGCUAAAGAGUGGGAUGUUGGAAUUCUGUCCUGGAGUUGCCUAAAACCUAACAUGGAAGAAGGAAGGACAUACCCUACAUUCCUACGGCCACAGCCGUUGUCUUCACGUGUUCUUUUCACAGUGCUACGCUAUUUCCGGUGGGCCCACGUGGCAAUCAUCUCAGAGGACAGUGACAUCUGGGAGGCCACUGGAUAUGAGCUGGCUUCAUCGCUAAGGGAUUUGGGCUUGCCCGUCAACCCUGUUGUGACUAUGGAAGCUGGAAAGGACGGGCCGAGGCGGGCCUUGACAAAAGUGCGGGAGACUGAUCGAGUUAGAGUGAUCAUUAUGUGCAUGCCAUCUGUGCUGGUUGGUGGCCUAUCCCAGUACGAACUCCUGACUUCAGCAUUAGCCAUGCGAAUGAUCGACCGCGGCUACGUGUUCAUCCCCUACGACACGAUGCUCUACGCUCUUCCGUACAACAACGCUUUCUACUACAACCUCGGCAAUGACACCAAGCUGAGGAAAGCCUACGAUGGGGUGCUCACCAUCACUAUGGAUUCUGAAGACCGUAAUUUUUUCGAGGCCUACAAAGCAGCUCAGGAUAGCUACGAAAUCCGCAGCAGCACUGCAGCAGAGAACGUUUCUCCAUUCUUCGGUUCAAUCUACAACAUGAUGUAUUACAUAGCGAUGGCAGCCGAACAGGCCCGUGCCAGCAGCGGUCGCUGGGUGAACGGCGAGAUCCUCAGCUCCAACGAGGGUGGAUUUGAAUUCCAGGGCUUCAACCAGCGCUUGUGGGCGGGAAGGAACGGCGAAGGCAUGCAAGCUCGCUACGUCGUGCUGGACUACAGCGGCAUGGGCAACUCUCUUUAUUCCACUCAUCGUCUGGAGGCCGCGCACACGGACGGCAGAAUCGGAGGCUUGAAAUAUCUCGGUCGGUCCAUCCAUUUUGCCGGGAGUACUCCUUACACAGACUCCAGUUGCUGGUUUAGUCCUUAUUUUGCCUGCAGUGGAGGAAUGGAUUAUACUACUAUCUUCUUUUUCCUUCUCAUCGUUAUGCUCGUUGGUGCUGCUGCAAACGCCUUUAUUCAUUUCAAGAGGAGCGGCAGAGUGGGCUUUACAUUUGGAGACGGUGGUGGCAGCACAUCUACCAAAGUACUUCUGACACUGGAUGACCUAGUCUUCAUUAACACACAAAUCAGCAAAAGGAAGCUGAAUGAUGAAAGCAUCAUGAGGAGUCAGCUGGAUAUGAAGACCCCUCACCACUCGGUGUCCGGUCGCAGCUACUUGGCCUCCACCCCAGACAGUUCCAAUGUUGCUGUAUUUGAAGGUGAUUGGGUUUGGUUGAAAAAAGUCCCACCUGGAAGUGUUUCAGGCGUCAAUAGCAGCACUGAGUCAGUCUUCAUCAAGCUCCGAGACAUGAGGCAUGAGAAUCUCAAUCUCUUCUUGGGACUCUUCCAUGACUCUGACAUCUUCGGAGUGGUGACAGAGCACUGCUCCAGAGGCAGUUUGGAGGAUUUACUCCUCAAUGAGGACGUGCGCCUGGACUGGAUGUUCAAGUCUUCCCUGUUGAUGGAUCUAAUCAGGGGGAUGAAGUACCUACACAAUCGAGGAAUCAUUCACGGACGACUCAAAUCCCGAAACUGUGUGGUGGAUGGGCGCUUCGUGCUGAAGGUGACCGAUUAUGGCUUCAAUGAACUACUCAGUACCCAAAACAUCAGCCUGGAGGAAGAAAAACCUGAAGAUCUUUUCUGGACUGCUCCUGAAAUGCUGCGUAAUGUCUCCCUGAGGAGAAGGGGUACUUUUCCUGGGGAUGUCUACAGCUUCUCUAUAGUUGCACAAGAAGUGAUUUCGCGCUCUGCACCCUUCUGUAUGCUGGACAUGCCACCAAAGGAGAUUAUCAGCAAGGUCAAAGAGCCCCCUCCUUUGUGUCGGCCCUCCGUGUCAGUGGACGAGGCCCCCCUGGACGUCAUUCAGGUCAUGAAGCAAGCGUGGAGCGAAGAACCCGAGAAGAGACCAACGUUUCAUGAUAUUUUCAAACAGUUUAAAAGCAUCACCAAAGGCAAGAAGACCAAUAUUAUCGACUCAAUGCUGCGGAUGUUGGAGCAGUACUCCUCAAACUUGGAGGAUCUGAUCCGGGAGAGGACAGAAGAGUUGGAGGUGGAGAGACAGAAGACGGACCAGCUGGUGGCUCAGAUGUUGCCCAAGUCUGUGGCCCAAGCGCUGAAAACAGGCAAACCGGUCAAGCCUGAGCACUUCAACGACGUCACGCUCUACUUUAGCGACAUUGUCGGCUUCACCACCAUCUCAGCUCUCAGUGAGCCCAUCGAGGUGGUUGACCUGCUUAAUGACCUCUACACGCUCUUUGACGCCAUCAUUGGCCUGCAUGACGUGUAUAAGGUGGAAACUAUAGGAGAUGCAUACAUGGUGGCCUCCGGAGUUCCCAAUAGGAACGGCAACCGUCACGCCGCCGAAAUGGCCAACAUGUCUCUAGACAUUCUCCACUGCAUCGGCACCUUUAAGAUGAGACACAUGCCUGAAUUAAGAGUUCGGAUCCGGAUCGGCUUGCACUCCGGCCCAGUCGUAGCAGGAGUAGUGGGCCUCACAAUGCCUCGCUACUGCCUCUUUGGAGACACAGUCAACACAGCGUCUCGAAUGGAGUCCACCGGGUUGCCUUACAGAAUACAUGUCAACCAGACCACAGUAGACAUCCUAAACAGCUUGAAACUGGGAUACAAAAUUCAAGUUAGAGGUCUGACGGAAUUAAAGGGAAAAGGUGUGGAGAACACGUACUGGUUGGUGGGAAGAGAAGAUUUUAAGAAAGCUUUGCCUAUUCCACCAGACCUUCAAGGGGGAAGUAAUCAUGGCAUCGGUUUGGAUGAGAUUCCACCAGACAGAAGACAAAAGUUUCUGGAUCGCCAGAAGAAGAUGGGCUAGAUUGGUGCUGAAAGCUUUGUUUGUUUUUAUACAACUCACAGCCACUAAGUGUGUGCACUAUAGACUGUUGAGGUCUAAAAUGUGUGCCGCUAGAGGAAGGCACUGUAAUACUGUUAUACAGGUGUGUAACCUUCAUCUAUAGUAAUGCUGCAAUUGCAUUAAUGCUGUAAGCUUUCCUCAAACUAGAUGCGAAAACUUUAGAUCAUUGAGCAGAUAUUCAGCCAUUAAUCUGUGGCUUUCUUUUUGCAAAAUGACUUCACAAAUUUACAUUCAAUUCUUCGAAGGUGAUGAUAUUAUAACUAUUAUAGUAUAGCUCUGCUCAGUGGAUCAGGACAUCCUCAGCAUACGAUUAUUAUUAUUAUUGCUUAAGUCAGGUCACAACAUUUUUGAUAAAAGUGAAGGUUCAGUCUGACUGACGUAAAAAAUGAUGUCGGGGUCAAAAUACCACCAGGAAAACAAAAAUAAUCACAUUGAACGACAACCUGUGCUCUACUGCAAAGUGGAAUAUGUACUGUAUCUACUUUAAUGAUAUGUGUAUUGAUUUUUCAACAUGAUACUGAUGUGUUUUACCAUGUCAGAAAAAAAAAUACAACAGGAAUUAAUUUCAGAUCAUUGUUGGUUUGCUGCAUGUAUAUACCGUAAUUAAUGUGCACACAUUGGUUGGUCCGAAAGCAUAAAGGAUGAACAACAGAAUAUUUUCUUGGAUAGAAAUGGUAGGACCUUCUAGACUUUGAAUCUUUUAUUUUAUUUAAUUUUUUGCCAAAGACAAUAGAUACAGCGGACUUAACCCAAACGUAAAGGACUGUGCAAAUUAUUUUGAAUGGGAGGUUCGUUGUGUUGAUGUAAAUAAAUUAUGGUUUAAGUGGAAA